AUGACUCGCUCGCUUCUCUUACAGCACCUACAGUCGGUCACCGAGCAGCAGCCUCCCAACCAGCUGCCCAGCAGACCGCCUGACCUGCCGGUGGAAGCUGCGCAAACGGCGGAGGCUGCCCGCGGCAGCAACGGCAGCAGGGAGGGCUGCUGCGGCACCAGCAACGGCAGAGAGAGCUGUAAUGGGAGCUCGGGAUGGGGAGGGGCGAUCGGAGGAGCGACACGGUGCUGUGCGGUUGGAGUCGGUUUUGGCCGCCAACCCCUUGUCGCCCUGCCUGCCCCUGCCGUUCCCGCCUCCCCCCCUUAUGCCUUCCCCUCCCACACCCUCCACUCUUCCCCCUUUGGUCUCCCCGCGCCCCCCCUACGCGCGAACACUUACGAGCCUACUGUGCUGGGCAAUGGCUUUUCAGGCAGGGGCAGUAACAUGCUUGCAGGCACGGGCACGGGCACAGGCACGGGCACAGGCACGGGUACGGGCAUCGGCAAAGGCACAGGGAUAGGCACGGGCACAGGCACGGGCAUAGGCAAGGAUUUGCGUGAGCGGUGGGAGCAGGCAUUGCAGAGCGGCAAGGGGCGGGCGAUUUGGAGCAACGAGCAGACGACAGCGCUGCUGGGGAUCAUGCGGGACGUGCUGCGUGCUGAGGGCUCCCCCCUCCCAGGCAGGAUCGAGGACUGGGGGGCAGUGCACCGCUUGUGGUUGCGACAAGGGUUCUCCAGGUACUCGGAGGAGCAGCCACGAAUGCGGUGCAAAGUGGUGCGGGGGUGGGUGAAGGACAUCCAGCUCCUCCAGGGGCUGCUGCCGCCUGUAGUCGCCUGGGACCCCACCACUCAGCGCUUUAGCCCCGACCCCAAGGUGAGAGUCCUCCACGUGAGAGAGGGCGAUGUGACAGAGGGCGAGGUGAGAGAGGGCGAUGUGACAGAGGGCGAGGUGAGAGAGGGCGAUGUGACAGAGGGCGAGGUGAGAGAGGGCGAUGUGAGAGAGGGCGAUGUGAGAGAGGGCGAUGUGAGAGAGCGCGAUAUGAGAGAGGGCGAGGUGAGAUAG